AUUCUAAAGAAAACUUUUGGAGGUUUCUUAGAUACUCAGAAGAUCCAAUUCACAUGAUCACCUGUUCCACCAACUUAGUAAACAUAAUAAAAAGGAAAAUCGGGUUAGGAUGGUUAGCGAAGUCACUGAGUGGACUUUGAGUCAUUGUUACAUUCUCUCCCAAAUGCUAAUAAACCUUUUUCAGGCUCUAAAAUAUUGCAGUUCUAAGUUUGUCUCCUCACUUGAUGAGGUCUCAUAUUCUGGUUUUAAGUUCUCCUGUUGCUCAGAAUUCUGAUAGUGACUCAGAAACAGCAAUCAAGUUUCUUCAGUACCCAGGGAAGUAGUUCAUCUGGUCCUGAAAACUCCAGUGAAUUGAUCUGAGAUAGGUGCUUGCUCGCCAUCUUCUUAGGCUUCUAGUGAUUUACUGUUUAUGUACCAUUAGUACAUUACUGCUGUAUUCUCCAGCAUACAGGAGGGCCUGCAAACACAGAGCUGUCUCGAUUACCCAGUAGAAAAGUUUCUGCAAAUGAAGAGGAACAAUUUAUCUCUUGUGAAUAAAAUCAUCCAGUCUUCACCAGCAGUGAAACAACCAAAAGUUGGCUUCUUCUCUUCUCUCAAUUACACCCACAGGCACACUGUCCUUCUAGACUGGGGGAGUUUGCCUCACUAUGUAGUAUUACGCAUUUUUCAGUAUCUUCCUUUAAUAGAUCGGGCCCGGGCGUCUUCAGUAUGUAGGAAAUGGAAUGAAGUUUUUCAUAUUCCUGACCUUUGGAGAAAGUUUGAAUUUGAACUGAACCAGUCAGCGACUUCCUAUUUUAAGUCCACACAUCCUGAUCUCAUUCAGCAGAUCAUUAAAAAGCAUGCUACCCAUCUCCAGUAUGUCAGCUUUAAGGUGGAUAGUAGUACUGAAUCAGCGGAAGCUGCCUGCGAUAUACUUUCUCAGCUGGUAAAUUGUUCUAUCCAGACCUUGGGCUUGAUUUCAACGGCCAAGCCAAGUUUUAUGAAUGUGUCAAAGUCUCAUUUUGUGUCAGCACUUACAGUUGUCUUUGUCAACUCAAAAUCAUUAUCAUCGAUCAAAAUUGAAGACACACCAGUGGAUGAUCCUUCAUUGAAAAUUCUUGUGGCCAAUAAUAGUGAUACCCUAAGACUCCUAAAAAUGAGUAGCUAUCCGCAUGUUUCCUCUGAUGGAAUCCUUUGUGUAGCUGAUCGCUGUCAAGGCCUUAGAGAACUGGCAUUGAAUUAUUACAUUCUAAGUGAUGAACUUCUCCUAGCACUUUCAAGUGAAACUCAUGUUAACCUAGAGCAUCUUCGAAUUGAUGUUGUGAGUGAAAAUCCUGGGCAAAUUGAAUUUCAUUCUAUUAAAAAACAAAGUUGGGAUGCACUUAUCAAACACUCCCCUGGAGUGAAUGUUGUUAUGUAUUUCUUUUUAUAUGAAGAAGAAUUUGAGGCAUUCUUCAAAGAAGAAACCCCUGUUACUCACCUUUAUUUUGGUCGCUCAGUAAGUAAAGCGAUUCUAGGACGGAUAGGUCUUAACUGUCCACGACUAAUUGAGUUAGUGGUAUGUACUAAUGGUCUUCAGACUCUUGAUACUGAACUUAUUUGUAUUGCUGAACACUGUAAAAACUUAACAGCCUUGGGCCUCAGUGAAUGUGAAGUUAGCUGCAGUGCGUUCAUUGAAUUUGUAAGACUGUGUGGGAAAAGACUAACCCAGCUCUCUGUAAUGGAAGACGUUUUGAUCCCUGAUGAUGAGUAUAGCCUAGAUAAAGUUCACACUGAGGUCUCCAAACAUUUGGGAAGAAUGUGGUUCCCUGAUGUCCUGCCUGUCUGGUGAUUGGCUUCCAAGGAUUCUUAA